AUGGAGUAUUUCAACAAAGCGAAGGCCGUGAAGCUACAAAGCCACCUCGGAAAGUACCUAGUGGCCGACGACGAUAACCACAAACUCCGUCAAAGCAGAAACGGCUCAACCAGAAAAGCGAUAUGGUUUGUGGAGCAAGUAGAAGGGAAGAACCACCACCUGCGUCUGAGAACCUCCAACGGCCGUUACCUAACCGCGACGGACGCACCCUUUCUCUUAGGCGUAACCGGGAACAAGGUGGUGCAGGGGAUUUUCGAAAAAGGUUCAGAUUGGGAAUUCGAGUGGGAACCUAUAACGGAAGGGUUCCAGGUGAAACUGAGAAGCUGGUGCGGGAAGUACCUUAGAGGUAACGGUGGAACGUUACCGUGGAGAAACUCGAUCACGCACGAUGACCCUCAUAGUUCCGUCACUCGUGAUUGGAUCUUGUGGAGUGUGGAGGCGGUGGACUUUCCCGAGAAAGUGGUUUCUUUGGCGGAGAGUGAGUUUUCGUCGUUGGAGUCCGAGGACGAAGUUCCCGGUUCUGAAGAACCGGUUUCGUCGUUGCGGGGUCAGAAUUCAAUGUUGCAGGUGCGUCACUUAUGGCUAACUGAUCUGCUGAAUCUGGGAUGUGAAAAUGAAUUGGUAGGGAAGUGUUUCGUUUUGACGAAGCGGGAACAAAAAUCUCGGCUUGAGUAA